ACUCAAGUUUUAUUAAAACUAGCUUGAGAGCGCAAGCGCUGCGAAGGAGGGCUUUUGUGCUUGCUAAUUGCACCAGCGGUGCGCAAGAGUUGGACGCGAAGUGCGAACUCUGAGCAGAAGGAAACACGAGACAACUCAAGUGCCCUGGUUCCUGCGCCCCUGCUCCUCCUCCACCGCCGCCUCCUCUUCUACCUCCUUCCUCCCGCCGAGCCCGCAGUUGCAGCUUGUUUGCACUGGGGCUUAUCCGGAGCGGAAAUUCCUUUCCGUUUUUGUGAAUGACAAACUCAUUAACAAUUCAUCAACACAACCUGUUCCAGCCGGCCCGUCCCCACGGCAACAGCCCCUUCCGCAGCGCGCUCAUUGGCUGGCCGAGAGAAUGUAUCCAUUGAGACGCAGCCUGUUUGUAUCCAUUGAGGAGCUGCCUCGCACAGGGGGUGUGCUCUCGCCGAGUGCUAGGGACUGUGAGCAAACCCAGCCUUGACUCAUCCGGCGAGAAACCCGGGGUUUGGUCUGAGGCUCAGCCUCGGAGGGAAGGAUUAGGAGCUGCUAGGCUUUGCUUUUCCUUUUUCUCCUCUCAGUGGCACGGAGUCCGAAUUAAUUGGAUUCCAUUCACUGGGGAGGCACAGAACUGGGCACCUUCAUUCAGGGAGAUUCGCUGACUCCGAGAGUCACCCGCUGCAGCCCGGUGCGGAGGGACCACCGGCUCGGUUUCUGCUGUCGCCUUCCCUACCCGCUAGCCUCGGCUUGGGACAGGCGAGGCGGACUCGACACCCCGCUCCGAGAGCGAGCGGGAGCUCCGCGCAGCGUGCUCGGCUUAUGACUGCCUCGAGGGGCGUCUGCUAGGCACCCCGUCUUCUCCUGCAGCUCGACCCCCAUGAUAGAUACGCUCAGACCCGUGCCCUUCGCGUCGGAAAUGGCGAUCAGCAAGACGGUGGCGUGGCUCAACGAGCAGCUGGAGCUGGGCAACGAGCGGCUGCUGCUGAUGGACUGCCGACCGCAGGAGCUGUACGAGUCGUCGCACAUCGAGUCGGCCAUCAACGUGGCCAUCCCCGGCAUCAUGCUGCGGCGCCUGCAGAAGGGUAACCUGCCGGUGCGUGCGCUCUUCACGCGCUGCGAGGACCGCGACCGCUUUACCAGGCGCUGCGGCACCGACACCGUGGUGCUCUACGACGAGAACAGCAGCGACUGGAAUGAGAACACCGGUGGAGAGUCGGUCUUGGGGCUGCUGCUCAAAAAGCUCAAGGACGAAGGCUGCCGGGCGUUCUACCUGGAAGGUGGCUUCAGUAAGUUCCAGGCCGAGUUCGCCCUGCACUGCGAGACCAAUCUAGACGGCUCGUGCAGCAGCAGCUCCCCGCCCUUGCCAGUGCUGGGUCUUGGGGGCCUGCGCAUCAGCUCCGACUCUUCCUCGGACAUUGAAUCUGACCUUGACCGAGACCCCAAUAGUGCCACGGACUCGGAUGGCAGCCCGCUGUCCAACAGCCAGCCUUCCUUCCCGGUGGAGAUUUUGCCCUUCCUGUACCUGGGCUGUGCCAAGGACUCUACCAACUUGGACGUGUUGGAGGAGUUUGGCAUCAAGUACAUCUUGAAUGUCACCCCCAAUUUGCCCAAUCUGUUUGAGAACGCAGGGGAGUUCAAAUACAAGCAAAUCCCUAUCUCGGAUCACUGGAGCCAAAACCUGUCCCAGUUUUUCCCUGAGGCCAUUUCUUUCAUAGAUGAGGCCCGAGGCAAAAACUGUGGUGUCCUGGUGCAUUGUUUGGCGGGCAUCAGCCGCUCCGUCACCGUGACCGUGGCCUACCUUAUGCAGAAGCUCAACCUGUCCAUGAACGAUGCUUACGACAUCGUCAAGAUGAAGAAAUCCAACAUCUCCCCCAACUUCAACUUCAUGGGCCAGUUGCUGGACUUUGAAAGGACACUGGGACUCAGCAGCCCCUGUGACAACCGCGUGCCGGCACAGCAGCUGUACUUCACCACCCCCGCCAACCAGAAUGUCUACCAGGUGGACUCCCUGCAGUCUACGUGAAAGGCACCCACCUUUCCUGGCCGGGAGUGUCCCAUGCCUUCAUCAGUUUCUCUUGGGCAGCGUCUACCAGGCUGCUUUCUUUGUGUGUGGCCCCAGGUGUCAAAAUGUCAGCAGCUGUCUAUUAGACAAGGUUGCCAAGUGCAAAAUUGGUUAUCACAGAAGGAGAGAUUUGCUCCAUUCAUUCUUUUCGGAAGGACAGGACAUGCUGUCUAGAUCCAGGAAAUAGGUUUGCUUCUGUACCCCAGCCUACCCAAGCAGGGACUGGACAUCCAUCCAGAUAAAGAGGGUAGGACCAAGUAGGGUAGGAGCAAGUGUUCUUUAGGGCCUUGUAUGGCUGUUUCCUAUUGCAUCUGGAACUAACUAUAUAUUGUCUUCAGUGAAGACUGACUCAACUUUGGGUAUAGUGGAGCCAAAGAGAUUUUAGCUCUGUGCUUGUGGUAUCGGUUUGGAAAACAAAUCAAAACUGAUACUUUCAUUUGAUUAUUGUAAAUAUUUGAUCUUUAAUAACUUGACAGUGUUCGUUUGGCUUGUGUUUUUAUCUUUGAUGGGUUUAAAAGAAAUCCAAAGGGAGAAAGAGCAGUACACCAGUUCUUAAGACAAAAAAUAAGGAAAAAUUUGCUCUUUUUGAAUCCAAAGGGUAUAUUUGCAGCAUGCUUGACCUUAUUGUACCAAUUCUGAUGACAUUUUUAUGGAUAUUAUUAUCACUAAGACUUUGUUAUGGUGCAGUCUUUGGUCUCAUACGUAUAUCUUCCUUGCGAUUUUUUUUUUCAAUGUAGUUUUGACUCUGCCUUACCUUUGUAAAUAUUUGGCUUAUAUUGUCUCAAAGGGGGUAUCUUGGAAAGACACCAAAAUUGUGGGCUCACUUUUUUUCUUUUUUUACAACUUCAGCUGUGCUAAACAGCAUAUUACCUCUGUACAAAAUUUUUCAGGGAGUGUCACCUCAAAUGCAAUACUUUAGGUUGGUUUCUUUUAAAAAAUUAAACUGGAAGUGUGUAUGUGUGUGUGUGAGCAUGGGUACCCAUUUGGUAGGUGGGAUGUAUCCAAUCAUGAAGAAGGGAGAAUUAACAUUGCUCCAUGAUGUUCGUGGUGUAAAGUUUUGAGCUGGAAUUUAUUAUAAGAAUGUAAAACCUUAAAUUAUUAAUAAAUAACUAUUUUGGCUAUUGAA